UUUUAGCUCUCACAAUAUCUCCCAUCCGUUCCUUUCUGAAUACCUGGCCGUUAGCAAUUUCUAAUGGUUUGGUUCAUUUCCUUUUGAUAUUUUUUUUUUAAUUUUUUUUCGUGUAUUGCUUUAGAGACAGAAAAAAUAAAGAAAUUUCUCUAUGAAACUCCCUUACAGCGAAAUCCCUAUCUGUUGUUUGCAAUCCAACUUUGUUGUGCAUUAGUGUUCUUGUACUCACCCCUCUGUCCAAGGACCAAAAUGGGAAGCUGGUGUCGUAAUGGUUUAUUGAAGGAAAAAAACAGAUUGAUACCUGGUUCUUGGUUCAUGUUGCUGGGAUGCCUUCACACCAAUCUGCAAUUUUCAUCAUAUUUGGCUGGUUUUUCCUGCUCCUGAUCAGAUUUUGAAAGAGCUAACCAUUGCCCACAAUCAACUUACUGUCGGUUGGGUCAGGGUGCUGCUAGCUCCUCCCAAAGUUUCUCUCCAAUAUCUAUACAAUUUGUGCCAGUCCAUCUAAUCACCCCGCGCCCCUAGAGAAUAGGCAUUGAAGAAACUGGUAGCCUGUUCCUCAAGAUCAUAUAUAGGGGGAAAAAAGCACAAAAUAAAGAACGAACUCAUCUGCUGUUCUUUCAAUAAUUGUAUGGUCAUCACGGAUACAAUCAAAAGUCAGUAGCAAGACUGGGAAGCUAGCUGAGGAGAUGGUCAUUUGUCGUCAAGUGCAGAGAUUAGCAAGAAAAACCGCAAAAAUUGGUCUCAGUGCAAUCAGCUCGUUCAAGAAGAAGGCCCUGCAUCUUAUGGGCUGUCUUUGCUCCAAAGGCGCCAAAGAAGAUGCCAAUGCCGCUUCUGGACGCAGAACGCCGCCAAGGAGAAGUGAGCCAGCCACUGAUGCGAUCGCGAAGGACAGCAGCAGUUCAGCCGCGCUUAAUAAUGCAAAGACCAAAGGAAAUCUGUAUGGUGCAGAAAAGGUGGUAGUGUCUCUAGAUGCUAGGAUCAGCAGUGGAAACAACGCAGAGUUUAAAGGGCUUAAUGCAGUCUCUGGCUGGCCAUCUUGGCUCGUGAAUGUGGCACCUAAAGCAGUAGAAGGCUGGUUGCCUCGGCGAGCAGAUUCCUUUGAGAAACUGGCCAAGAUUGGGCAAGGAACCUACAGUGUGGUGUACAAAGCCCGGGAUCUGGAAUCUGGGAAGAUCGUUGCGCUAAAAAAGGUGCGGUUCGUCAACAUGGAUCCCGAGAGCGUGCGCUUCAUGGCCAGAGAAAUCCACAUCCUUCGGAGGCUGGACCAUCCCAACGUCAUAAAGCUCCAAGGGAUCGUAACGUCCCGCGUGUCGCAGAGCCUCUACCUUGUCUUCGAGUACAUGGAGCAUGACCUCGCUGGUCUCGUUGCAACUCCAGGCCUCAAGCUCACUGAGCCGCAGAUAAAAUGCAUCGUCCAGCAGCUGCUCCACGGCCUCGACCAUUGCCACAGAAACGGGGUCCUGCAUAGGGACAUCAAGGGCUCGAACCUGUUGAUUGACAGCAACGGGACGCUCAAGAUCGGAGACUUCGGCCUGGCAAUAUCGUACGAUCCCAGCAACCCGCAGCCACUGACAAGCCGCGUUGUGACGUUAUGGUACAGACCACCGGAGCUUCUGCUGGGUGCCACAGAUUAUGCUGCUGCGGUGGACAUGUGGAGCACAGGAUGUAUCGUGGCUGAGUUGUUUGCUGGCAAGCCAAUCAUGCCAGGAAGAACCGAGGUGGAGCAAAUCCACAAGAUAUUUAAGCUGUGUGGCUCCCCAUCCGAGAACUACUGCAAGAAAUCGAAGGUGCCAGAAACUGCAAUGUUCAAGCCUCAGCAGCAAUACAGGCGGUGUGUCACCGAGACUUUCAAAGAUUUACCCACUCCAGCUGUACUUCUCAUCGACUCAUUGCUUUCGCUAGAGCCAGAAGGACGUGGAACAGCCACCUCAGCUCUUCAAAGUGAAUUUUUCAGAGCCAAACCACUCGCUUGCGACCCUUCGAGCCUACCGAAACUCCCACCAAGCAAAGAGUACGAUGUCAGACUUAGGCAAGAAGAAGCCAGGAGGCUAAGAAACGCGGCGGCACUUGGCGGGCCAGGAGCUGAAUCUGUCAAACCUGGAAAUGAGAGCCAUGUAGUAGCCAGUCGCGCCAUUGAUAUAGCUGCUCAAGUUAAGCAACCCACGCAUAGCACUUCGAAGAGCACCUGUGAGAAGUUCAGCGCCGAGGACAGUGUGCCAGGGUUCCGUGUAGAGCCUCGGGCACUGCCAACCUCAGCGCAGGUUCCUGAGUGUGGAUCCACGUGGAAUAACACAGGGGAUCACCAUCGUUCGGUCCUCGGCCGCGUUUGCAGCUCUGUUCGCGUUGCGAGGAAGAAAGGGCCAUCGAAUUCGAAUACGCCACAGUACGACGCUGCAGACUUGAGGAACGGCGGUGACCGCAACCAGCGAGCAGACAGGCCUGCCGUCUCCUCUCAGAAGAAAGACCAGCAGGAGGACCGUGGAAGGAAGUACAAAAGGAUCCACUAUUCUGGGCCGUUGAUGCCACCGGGUGGCAACAUCGAAGACAUGCUCAAGGAGCACGAGAGGCACAUCCAAGAAGCGGUGCGCAAGGCGCGACUCUGUAAGGGAAGCAAGUAGCUACAUAGAGCAGCUGAAGGCGCUAGGAGAAGCCUCACAUGGACUCACCCAGACUCAUCAAAAGCUGCCAUAUCGAGGAGCCGCAAUAGCUGUCUGUCACAUGCAAUGCAACACGGUCAGCUAUUGAAGUAGUGAGAUGAGACAGCUCUCACCUUUUAAAAUUCAUAGGUGAGAACCUUCGCUUGUAAUGCGAUGAGACAUUUUAAAAUUGAAGUGCAGAGAAAUCGGGAAGGAGAAUUGCUAAGCCACUGUAAAGUUUAGGCACCCUUUUUUUUGUAAGUUUGAUGCAGUUGUAAUAGCCACUGUAAAGUUGUUCAUCGAUUUUGCUGACAACUCUGGAUUAUGGAAAACAACAGGAGCUGGAUUUGAAACUUCAGACGAGCAGUCUCAUGGCCCUUCAAGACAUAAUUGCAGCCUGAGGAUGAUGCAGCUAGAACAACAUGAUGUGUUUAAGCAUACUUAAAUUAUUAACGAA